AUGGAACAUCAAGAGAAAUUGAAAGGAUACAGCAAGGAAAAAUACCAAACCAACCUGGAACGUCAAGAGAACUUGAAAGGAUACAGCAAGGUAAAAUACAAAAGCAACCUGGAACAUCAACAGAAAGUGAAAGCAUACAGCAAGGACAAAUACACAACUGACCUGGAACAUCAAGAGAAAGUGAAGGCAUACAGCAAGGACAAAUACACAACUGACCUGGAGCAUCAAGAGAAAGUGAAGGCAUACAGCAAGGACAAAUACACAACUGACCUGGAGCAUCAAGAGAAAGUGAAGGCAUACAGCAAGGACAAAUACACAACUGACCUGGAGCACCAAGAGAAAGUGAAGGCAUACAGCAAGGACAAAUACACAACUGACCUGGAGCACCAAGAGAAAUUGAAAGCAUACAGUUCGCCGAUCGGGACGGGAUGGCGUCCUGCUGCGCGCCACUGGACACGCUCCUCUUUCACCAGGAAACAGCUGAGAGUCUGCAUCCCACCUGAAUCCCCCAACAAGGAGUUGGUCUUGGUUAUCGGGGAUUCACAUCUCAGAUCCUUCGUGGAGAGAGAUGUGGACAUCAGAGCAGAUGGCCCAUACUCCUUUGGGUACAUUUGCUCCCCUGGUGCUACAUCUGACACCCUAGAGACUGACGUACGCCAUUCCACUGUUGACCAACGCGUGUCAAAAUGUGUGGUGCUGGCUACGGGCAACGACUCUUCCACCAGGGGCCAGACAGUGGAGCGGGCACAGAAGAACUUCCAGAGUCUUCUGUCUACAGUAAAACGUCUUUGCCCAAAGACAUGUGUGGUGGACUUCCCUGCUCGUCAUGUGGUCAGUGUGACGAAGCAGAACCAGUUUCGUGAAGCAUACAUGGAAUCAGCAGAGGCAGAAGGGCUGCAGUAUGUCUCCUGUGUGCACCACUUCCCUAUGAAGAACCUGCGUCUCUGGGCUAAGGAUGGUAUCCACCUCAGUGUACCUGAAGGCAUGCGAGUCUUGUCAGACUUGAUCUGUAAGGCCAUCAGGGAGCUGUCUGAGAGCACCGUGGAUUCUGCCCACCCAAGCCCGAAGACACCUGCCGCCCCGUGUGUGAAGCCCCUGCCGAAGACCCCAGAUGUGGUUGUGACCUGUCCCACAUCCAGAGCAGUCCGAGUCCCAUCUACCACUCCACAGACGGACUCUGAGGGCUGGGAAUUUGGAAAGAAGAGAAGAAAUGUUCCCCUGCGACAGGUCACUGGUCUGUGUGCUAUUCCCGUGUCUGCUGGCCGCUUUGCUGUUUUGUCUGCACCGCAGAAGACUCCUGCAACCUCAAAGAACCCAACUACCCUGGCAACAAAGAAGGUGAGUGAAGCAAGGACUGCCGUGCCAAGUAGAAGUCAGCCAAAGAGACAGAUGAAGCAUGCAGCCAGAGUUGGGGAAGCAGCGAGCUCAACAUCAAGCUGGCAACCUCGAGUUGUGCUGAAAAAGCUGGAGACAACUGUGGCAGAGACGCCAGUCAGACCUGCUAUCAACACAGCACCAACAGAAGAUCAGCAGGUGCAGACUGAUGCUGUUUCAGUGAUACCACGUCCAUCUACCUGCACAGAGGCUGAAGUGACUGUAGAGCUGGUGAAGCCUGAUGUGAAGAGACCCCGGAGGACCUCCAGUCCUGUUCACAGAGAAGCAGAUGUGCAGUGUGAAUGCUACAUGUGUACAAUGAAGAAGGUCUGCUGUGGAAAGCAAGUCCCUGUCGUCAGACUGCAGCGGCUGUCACCCAAAGGGGGCAAAGCAAAAGUGGCCAAGAAGGAUUCCUGCCAUGAAAAACAAGCAUCUGUCCAACUGCAGCCUCUGCAGCAUGAAGACAGCAAAGCUAAGUCUCCUCACUUUGAUAAUAUUACAGCUCUGGAAGAACAUCUUGCUACUGACAACGCUUGUCUCUUCACCAUGUUAGCCACUACAUAUGCUAUUAUUGCUAAAAAUGGCAUGUAUGCUAUUGUGGACUCCCAUGCACGCAGUAAAUCUGGGAUGGUAGAUGGUAAUGGUUCAAGUGUUGUUGUGUUUUUCAAGCGCAUCAGUGAAGUUUACUACCACCUAAUCCAACUUGCAGGAGGAUUUGGUGUGCCAAAUGUUCAGUUUGAGCUUAGUACUGUGACAGGAUAUAUCACCAGAUCGAGACAUACGGACGAAGGGGCCUUCAGUGCAAUUCCUGAUGAUUCUAUUGGCAGAUCACAUGAUAAUAAAAACAUCGUUUUGUCAAAGUAUUUAAGGAAAAGGAAGGCACAGAAGAACAGAGAAUGUAAAAUGGUGAAAUAUCACAACGAGGAGGAAUAUCGAUUGAAAGCAAUAGAAAGCAGUAUGAAAUACCAAACAAAUUUGGAAUAUAAAGAGAAAUUGAAAGCACACAGUUACAAAAAAUACAAAACGGACGUGGAACAUCAAGAGAAAUUGAAAGGAUACAGCAAGGAAAAAUACCAAACCAACCUGGAACGUCAAGAGAACUUGAAAGGAUACAGCAAGGUAAAAUACAAAAGCAACCUGGAACAUCAACAGAAAGUGAAAGCAUACAGCAAGGACAAAUACACAACUGACCUGGAACAUCAAGAGAAAGUGAAGGCAUACAGCAAGGACAAAUACACAACUGACCUGGAGCAUCAAGAGAAAGUGAAGGCAUACAGCAAGGACAAAUACACAACUGACCUGGAGCAUCAAGAGAAAGUGAAGGCAUACAGCAAGGACAAAUACACAACUGACCUGGAGCACCAAGAGAAAGUGAAGGCAUACAGCAAGGACAAAUACACAACUGACCUGGAGCACCAAGAGAAAUUGAAAGCAUACAGUUGUGAGAAAUACAGAAAAGACUUGAUACACCAAAAUAAAGUCAAAUGUGAAAGUGUCAAAAAUUAUAAAGCAAAUCCUGAUCUUCGACAAAAAUUGAAAUCAAUAAAUAAAGCCAAAUACCACAAAGACAGUGCUUUUAGACAUAAAGUCCUGGCUAAAAAACGAUUCAACAGAAAUCAAGAUAAAGUACUAACUGAUCAGAUUAAUUCUGUAAUGAAUGAGUUUUUAAAGAAAUCAAAUGAUGGACCUGAAUUUGUUUGCUGUGUAUGUUUCCGAUCCAUGUUUAAAGCAGCAGUAGUUCCAUACAAACAAAAGAACUACAAAAACAAAGCAGCUCAAUUAACGGCAGAAACAUGUGUCUCGGAUGAGUAUUUGCAUAAAUGUACCUCUCAGUGCAAUACACCAUGUUCAUUACAAGAAUCAAGAGGCGAGCUUUGGAUGUGCAAGGUCUGUCAUUCAAAGAUCCGAAGAGGUGUAACCUCAGCAGAAUGGUGGGGAAACAAUUUACAAUUGGAUUCAAUUCCUCUUGAGUUAUCUUGUUUGAAUCAUCUGGAAAAACAUCUGAUUUCUUUAAACAUUCCAUUUAUGAAAGUGUUAGCUUUACCAAAGGGUGGUCAAAAUGGAUGCCACGGACCAAUUUUUUGCAUCCCUUCUUCAGUAAAUAAUACUUGUUCUGUUUUGCCUCGGUCAAAUCUAGAAGGUUGUCUGUUACGUGUUAAAUUAAAGCGCAAGCUAUCUUACAAAGGACAUUAUGAAUAUCACUUUGUUGACACAAAUCACCUGCAAGAAGCACUUAAAUAUUUAAAAGAAAACAAUCAAUAUUAUCAAGACAUAGAAAUAAAUGAAGAAUGGGUGAAUGAGUUUGCUAAGGAAGAAGAAAACCAAGCACAAGACAACUCUAAUGAUAAUGUACAAAAAAACAGUUCCCAUUCUCCUGAUGAAGAAGAUGAAACUCUACAUGACCGGCAGAACCACUGUAUUUAUCAAGAUUCUUGUUCCAUGCCUGUUGAUCUUGGUCAAGAAACUCUUGAUCAGGGUUUUGAAGAUAUAAUUAAUCUGGCACCUGCUGAAGGAAACAAUCCUGUGCGUAUUUUGUCAGAUAAAGAUAAUGAAGCAAAAUCCUUUCCAUAUCUUUUUCCAUCAGGGAACAAUACUUAUCAUACGCCCAGACAGCACUACUUGACAUUGGCACGAUAUUUUAAUAACAGAAUAUUGCACGCUGAUGGAAGGUUUGCAAAGUGCGUUGAAUACAUUUUUUUUGCACAGUAUAUGUCAGAAGUUCAGCAAGUCAUUCAGCAAGUGUCAAUAGCAUCACGCAAAGGACACACAAAUCCUGCAGGCCAAAAAGACAAUGCUCCACAGAACAUUGAGUCUUUGCAGGACAUCAUUAAGACUGAUGAAGGAUAUCGUUUUCUGCGGCCAAUAAGAGGUACUCCAAGCUUCUGGCAAGGUGCACAAAAAGAUUUACUUGCCAUGGUGCGGAAUCUGGGGAAACCAACGUUCUUUUGCAGUUUUUCGUCUGCAGAUUUGCGCUGGGGAGGGCUUUUAAAUUCAAUUUUGAAGCAAGAGGGGAGAACUGAAACUUCUGAGAGUUUGGAGUAUGCUGAAAGGUGUGAACUGUUGCGUAAUCGUCCUGUCACUGCAGCACGCAUGUUUGACUACAGGUGGCAUCUCUUGUUGAAUUAUGUGUUACUAUCUUCAUUGAAUCCAAUAGGAAAGAUUAAAGAUUACUUUUAUCGUGUAGAAUUUCAACAACGUGGAUCACCCCAUGUACACGCUUUAUUUUGGAUUGAAGAUGCUCCUGAAAUUGGAAAAAACACAGAUGAAGAAGUGGUGCAAUUCAUCGACAAGUACAUAACAUGUGAAAUACCCACACAAGAUCAGCAAUUAGCUGAAACUGUUACCUCCGUACAGCAACAUUCUCAACGGCAUUCGAAAACCUGUAAGAAAAAAAAUACAGCCUGCCGGUUCAAUUUCCCACACCCUGUAUCUGAACGUACUUUCAUCACCAAUACACAGAAAAUACCAAAGUGCCCAAAGUGCCAGGGUGACACUGCAACAAACUGCCAAGAACAAAAUAAAGACACUGUUGAAUGCAUAUGCUCUCAAAAUGAACAGAACUUUAUGAAAGAAGAGGAUGCAAUGAAAAUACUGACAACUGUUAAAAAAGCACUUCUGGAUAAAGACAAUCCCAUUACGAGUAUCCAGCAACUGUUUCAAAAUGUUGGCAUUACGCAGGAAGUAUGGGAGAAAGCACUUAAAUGUGUUGAAAAACGCAUGCAAAUUGUCCUGCAAAGAGAUGUCAAUGAAAUUUGGAUUAAUCCAUAUAAUCCACUUUUGUUGAAAUGUUGGAAUGCCAACAUGGACAUCCAGUAUGUGGUUGAUGUAUAUGCUUGUAUUGUUUAUAUUAUAAGCUAUAUGUCCAAAUCUGAGAGAGAGAUGGGGCUGUUGUUGAAACAAACACAUCAAGAGGCCACAAAACAGGGAAAUGCUGAUGCCAAAGAAGCUAUGAAGAAGAUUGGUCAAGCCUACCUCCAUAACCGUGAUGUGUCUGCACAAGAAGCUGUGUACAGAAUCACUCAAAUGCACCUCAAAGAAUGUUCAAGGAAAGUUGUGUUUAUCCCCACAGGUGACACAAUUUUCAAACUCACCAAACCACUAAAUGAACUGAAAAAGUCAGGAAACAAUGACAUUUGGAUGACUGGAUUUGUGGAUCGAUAUAAGAACAGACCACAGAAUGACACUUUUGAUGAUAUGUGCAUAGCCACAUUUGCUUCAGAAUAUCGUGUGUUAAGUACAUCAGAAAAGAAAUCCAAAAAUGUGAUUAAGUUACAGAAUUCAUGUGGAUACAUUUCAAAACGUUUCAGAACCAAACCUGCUGUUGUGCGCUAUGCACGGUUUUCGGAAACAAAGAAUCCUGAGCUAUAUUACAAAAGCCUGUUACAGCUGUUUUUUCCUUAUCGUCAUGAUAACGACCUGAAACCUUCAUCAUUUCAUUCUUUUGAACAGUUCUACAAAGAGGGCACAGUGCAACUUGGCAACCAGACUGUUUCAGUGAUGUCAAUUGUGAACUCAAAUAGAUCUCACUAUGACAUUGAAACUGAAGAUUUGGAAGAGAUUAAAAAUAAUCUGGACUCUAAUGAAAUAUUAGAGGAUGCUUGGGCCAUGCUUUGUCCUGAGCAAGAAGCUGAACGUUUGGAAGCCACUGAUGAACUUGCACAGAGUAAACUGGAUGAUGAAGACCCCUUGCUCCAUAUUCCAGAUUUGGGGAUAGCUAACAGAGAAACUGCUCAUUUAGAGAAACAACACAAUGCGAUGACUCGAGCUGAAGGUUUGGAUUUAAUUCGAUCUUUAAAUGACAUCCAGCUGUCUAUAUUUUUCAAAGUACAAAAGUGGUGCAUACAAAAAGUCAGUGGAAAUGAUCCAGAACCUUUACAUGUGUUCAUCACUGGUGGUGCUGGCACAGGGAAAAGCCACUUGAUUCGGGCCAUUCAGUACGAAGCCAAUCGUCUGUUUGCUCCAAUGCGACGCCACCCAGAUAACAUGAGUGUUUUAAUAACAGCACCCACUGGUAUGGCAGCAUACAAUCUAAAUGCAUUUACACUUCACAGUGCAUUUAGCAUUGGAACAGAUGUGACACUUCCCUACAUACCAUUAGGUGAAGAAAAACUCAAUUCUCUCCGUGCCAAAUAUAUUGACCUGAAGUUAGUAAUCAUUGAUGAAAUAUCAAUGGUUUCUCAUAAACUGCUCACAUAUAUACAUGGACGGCUGAGGCAAAUCAAGCAAAGAGGUGAUGUUUCCCCUUUUGGAAAUGUCAGUCUUAUAGCAGUUGGUGAUUUCUAUCAGUUACCACCAGUUAUGGCAAAAGGCUUGUACACUGACAAUCUACCUGUGAACUUUUGGUCAAAUUUCCAAAUGGCUGAACUGAAAACAAUUGUCAGACAGAAGGAUACCACAUUUGCAGAAUUACUGAACAGAUUAAGAACACGAUCGAAAGGGACACCCAUGCUUCAUGAAGACAUCCACAUUCUACAAAGUCGUGAAACUGGAGAGCAGUCUUCUGCUCUACAUAUUUUCCCAACAAAUUCACAGGUAAAUGAACAUAACUUUAACCAGCUCCAAGCCACUUGUCCUGACUAUCAAACAAUAGAUGCACAGGACUAUCACUACAACAGGAAAACUGGAAAAAUGGAAAGCAAAGUCACACCUCACAGUAAAGACAACCUCACCAGUCUGCAGAAACAGAUAUUUUUGGGUGUUCCUGCUAGAGUUAUGCUGUGUAAAAACAUUGAUGUGGAAGAUGGAUUAGUCAAUGGAGUCUGUGGAACUGUAACACAUAUUAGUGAAACAGAAAUAAAUGGACUUCCUGAAGCUGUGUAUGUUCAGUUUGAUGACAUCAAUGUUGGUACACAGAGAUGAAAGAAGUACCCAUCCACUGCACCUGCUUUAAUAAACUCAACACGGAUACAGCCAGAGGAGGAAAGGGCUAACAGCAAAGGGGGAAAACGUCGUCAGUUUCCUCUUGCACUUGCCUGGGCUGUUACAAUCCACAAAGUACAAGGCCUGACUGUUGACAAUGCUGUGGUGUCGCUAAAGCAAGUGUUUGCCUCAGGACAAUCUUAUGUGGCUUUAAGUCGUGUAAGAAGUCUAGAUGGCCUUAUUAUCCAGGACUUUGAUGAAAAGGCUAUUUAUUGUAAUGACGAGGUAAAACAUGCCUUGGAAGCUAUGCCACGCUUUUUGGAAUGUUAGAAUGUGUCACAAGCCAAACAGUCAGCUGAUGUGUUCACCUUGUUUUUAAUGAAUGUUCAGGGUUUAGUAAAACAUGUACCUGAUUUGAUGUCAGCCACACAGCAUUUACAGCCUGACUGUAUAGUUGUGACAGAAACAUGGUUAACAUCUCAGUCUGCACUUCAUAGUGUUGACAUAGACGGUUACAGUUUUCACAGCCGUCCACGAAGUCUGGCAUACGAACACAGCAAGCAUCCGGCUCUUACUACACUCAAAAGUCAACAUCACGGUGGAGUGGGUAUAUACUGCUCCUACAACACUAACUAUCACUUUCCUGAUGUUCCCCAAUUUAAUUUGGAGUGCUUAAUUUACAAAAAUGUAAAUCAUCAGGUUUUAGUUGCUGUUGUGUAUCGUCCACCAACAUAUCCCAUGUCAGUGUUCAAGCAGAAUUUGAAAAAACUGCUAACUUGGCUACAGGCACAAAGCCAGUCCAUUGUGGUUAUGGGAGAUUUCAAUGAUGACAUAUUGAAAUCGUCAUCAGUGUGCAAUUUUAUGACUAGUUACGGAUAUGUUCAAAAUGUCACAUCUCCAACUACAGAAAGAGGCACUUUGAUUGAUCAUGUCUAUGUCAAAUCUGAACAAUAUGAGAUUUCAUCAGAAGUUGUUCCAACAUAUUUCAGUGAUCAUCAGGGCAUAGCCUGCUCUCUUAAGCUGAAGUCUGUUUAGAUUUU